AUGUUUCCGACUCUGAGAGCAGAGCGAGCAGGCAGACUGCCAGCAUUCAUGCUGCAGGAAUUCGAGAAACAUGGCCACACCUAUACACAACGAGUCACCGGCCAGCUAGUGGUCUUGACCAGAUCACCAGCCAACGUACAAACCAUCUGCAAAACCCGCUUCAAAGAUUAUGAGAUCGGAUCGGAUCGUGCCGGAAACUUUCGCGCCCUCAUCGGCCACGGUAUUCUGGCCUUGGACGGUCGGGAGUGGACUAGAUCUCGUGCCAUGUUGAGACCACAUUUCACGAGAAACUUUGACCAAGACUUUGUACAACUAGAGACACACAUCCAGCGUCUUCUGCGGCGGCUUAAUGGCGCUGCCUCCAAGAACAGUCCCGUUGACGUGGGCGACUUGCUCCUGAAACUGAGCACCGACUUUGCAACCGAGGCAGUCUUCGGGCACAGCACUAAUUCCUUGCUCUCUGACCUGAAGCACUGGUCAGGUGAGCAGGACAAAGGGAGUGCUGGGGAAUUUUCUACUGCCGUCGACUAUGCUCUUCAAAUGCUAGGCCAGAGAGGUCAGCUGAUUAACUUUUAUUGGGUUCGCGAUUCACCUCGAUUCCGACAGUCAUGUCGGACUUGUCAAGCAUUUGUCAACCGAUACUUGACAGAUGUGCUGCAUUCUCAGGCAGAGAAGCGCAUUACAGACCUUGGAGAAGGCGGUAGCACGUCAUUCAUGCAUUCACUGGUGGCCAGAGACAAUAUUCCGGCCGAUGUGAUAAGGGAUCAACUUUUGGCUUUGCUGCUGGCAAGUAGAGAUACCUCGGCCUCAUUCGCCUCUUGGGUGAUCUUUGCCUUGGCCAGACAUGGCCAAGUCAUGGCAAAGCUGCGGAGUUUGAUCGACACCCAUUUCCCGAGGGGAAAGCUGCCAACGGGGGCAGAUGUCACAGCUCUCCCGUAUCUCCGCCACGUCUUGAACGAAACACUUCGGGUCUUUCCUGUGGUACCGCUGGAUGGGCGCACUGCCAAGGUCGAUACUGUACUCCCAGAAGGGGGUGGUCCCGAUGGGAACAGCCCACUGUUGAUACCAGCAGGCACCAAGGUGGCCUUCAACAUUUAUUCUUUGCACCAUCGACGAGAUAUCUUUGGGAAAGAUGCUGACGCGUUCCGACCGGAAAGAUGGGAAGAAGUUAGCGCUGGCACACUGAGUGAUUUCGAAGGAGCAUUCAUGCCCUUUAUCCUCGGGCCGCGCGUCUGUCUGGGCAGUAAGUCCUUGGUGAUUGGCGGUGUUGAGUUCAGCCUGGUCCGGACUGACAAAGUGUCCCAGAGAACAUGGCGAUGA